UACAUCUCUCACUCCCAGACGCUGUGUCUCUCCUUCUUUCCCUUUGUUCGUUUGGCCUCCGUUGCUGUUUCGUCUUCUGUAUCUUCUUUCAGUCUCUGAGAAUGGCUGCUGCAAUUGGAAUCGCUCCGGAUUCAGUUCAGCCUCACUUUGAGGUGAAGCUCUUCAACAGAUGGAGCUUCGACGAAGUCCAGGUUAGUGACAUCUCUUUGGCCGAUUACAUUGGAGUUGUCCCGGCCAAGCAUGCCACCUAUGUUCCUCAUACUGCUGGGAGGUACUCUGUCAAAAGGUUCAGGAAAUCCCAAUGUCCGAUAGUGGAGAGACUUACAAACUCACUGAUGAUGCACGGGAGAAACAAUGGCAAGAAGCUCAUGGCUGUGAGGAUUAUCAAACAUGCUAUGGAAAUUAUCCAUUUGCUGACUGAUUUGAACCCCAUUCAAGUCAUUGUUGAUGCCGUUGUUAACAGUGGACCAAGGGAAGAUGCAACUCGUAUUGGAUCAGCUGGUGUGGUCAGGCGUCAGGCUGUGGAUAUUUCCCCUUUGAGACGUGUUAAUCAGGCUAUCUAUCUCCUUACCACUGGUGCUCGUGAGGCUGCUUUUAGAAACAUCAAAACAAUUGCAGAAUGUUUGGCAGAUGAACUCAUAAAUGCUGCCAAGGGUUCAUCCAACAGUUAUGCCAUCAAGAAGAAAGAUGAGAUUGAGAGGGUUGCCAAGGCCAAUCGUUGAGUUGUUGGAGAUACAAUGUUUUGGUUCAACAAGAGGAGAAUUUUGUUUGUGAUUUUCUUUUUAUGUAGUAUUUAACGUCACCAGAAAAACGUUUACGUAAAGAUUUUAGUGGGCUUCUGUCUUAUGCUAAAACAAUGGUGAUCUGUUUUUGUGCUGCAGAAGAUUAAUCGGUUCCUCUUACUUCGUAAUUUAUUUAUAACUCUUAACAUUUUUGAAUAUUUAAAGGGUGUGUCUUCGGAAAUUGUUCCGAUUUGGUUUA